CAAUGGGGAUCUAUGUCAAGACCAUUUUCCCUGGAGGGGCGGCAGCUGCUGAUGGAAGGCUGCAGGAAGGUGAUGAGAUCCUGGAGCUGAACGGAGAGUCACUGCAUGGUCUGACUCACGAUGAAGCCCUGCACAAGUUCAAACAAAUCAAGAAGGGCCUGCUGACUCUGGUGGUGAGGACCAGCUUGCGUGUGGGGGCUCUGUGUGGUCAGGCCCAGGUAGCUCAGCUGUGCAGGUCACGUUCCCUCAGCUCCACUACAGGCAUGGCCAGGAUCAGCGUUGACAUGGGAGACUACAACUACCUUAACAACAGCUGCAGUAACACCCUGAGCAUCCCGGGUCAGCCUGCUAAACCCAGAGACCGCAUCAUGAUAGAGAUCAUCCUGCAGAAAGAAGCUGGUGUCGGUCUGGGUAUUGGACUGUGCUGUGUUCCAUCUGGUGACGGAUGCCCUGGGAUCUACAUUCACACCCUUUCUCCUGGAUCUGUAGCACACAUGGAUGGAAGACUCCGGUGUGGGGAUGAGAUCAUGGAGAUCAACGACACUGUGGUUUACAACAUGGCGCUGAAUGACGUCUACACAGUCCUGAGCCAGUGCACACCAGGUCCAGUCCACAUCAUCAUCAGUCGACACCCAGACCCCAAAGUAUCAGAGCAGCAGCUGAACGAUGCCAUCGCUCAGGCAGUGGAAAACAGCAAACUGAGGAAGGAUAAGAGCCAGUGGAGUAUUGAUGGGCUGCGUAGACUGGACUCUUGCUCUCACAGCCGGCAGAGAUGCGAACAUUGUUUAGAGAAGAGCUUCAGUCAGAUGACGGUUCGACGUGCACAGAAGACCAUGACCCGCUCCUGCAGCGACAACACCGCCAGCCACCACCACAACCGCUGCGUCGCCAUCCACAACCUCCACAACACACACCAUAACCCAUCAGCCCGCGUCCACAGCCUAGACGCACCCAAGUCUAUGUCAGAGACAUGGUCUGACAACAGACUGUCAGUGCCCGUGUAUCCUGAUGAAGACUAUAACGUCCCAUACAACUCUUCUUCUGCCACCUUAUCCAGUCAGCAGGCCCUAGAUCUGGCCUUCAGGGGAAACAAGGCCGCCUGCAGGGUGCGGUCUUCUCCACAUCGGUACUGCUGGCCUCAGGAUGUGACCAGUGAGGAGGGUUAUAAUGGAGACUCCAGCAGCUCCAGUAGAGGAUCCCCAGUCAGAGAUGAAGGACUGGAGGCUGCUGUCAGCUGUCAGGAAGGAGAACAAAUAAGAGAACAGUCAGAGGGCAGCAAAGAAGAUUUCACUCACCAAGACACAGCAGACACAACCAACGACAGACUACACACAGGUGAUUCAUCAGCUGUGCUCUGCUCACAGCCAAAGAGAGGAGCUCUGAGGAGACAGGCCCGUAUUGACCAGCAUACCCAGGAGCAGCUUCAGGAUCCCUGGGUUCGUCUUUCAGACAGCUCCCCUGAAGAGCUAUCUGAGAUCCACCACCAUCACUGCCACCACAUUGCAGACAGGACACAGCCUCUGAACGUCCACAGCAUGCCUGCCACCAUGAGUGACAAAGAGAACAACCCCGGGCUCAAUGGCACAGCUACAGACGUGACCUCAGAUCCUCCAGCUGACAUGAUUUCUGAAAUCACAUCUGAAACCCCUGCAGAAGCAAAGAAGGGGCCCCCAGUGGCACCCAAGCCUACCUGGUUUCGCCAGAGUUUAAGGAAAAUUCGGGAUGAGCAGGACCAGAAGAAGCAAGAUAAACCAGCAGGGCAGAGGCCUACUGUGGGCUUCAACAAAAGUUUUGGAGUCAGGUCUGCUUCAUCUGCAGCCAAGCUAUCAAUCCAACAAAAGAUCCACUCAUUUGAGUCUUUUUCCAGUCCAGAGGGCCCAGAGAAAGGGGGCAACAGGAGGCUUGUGGCACCUUCCACCUCCCUUCCUGUAGUGGAGAAGGAGUCCAGAAGUUAUCCUGCCUCACAUGGAGAUGAUGGGAAAAGCAAAGAUGAAAUCCCCAAAGAGUUCCAGCCAAACCAGCCUUCGUCUGUUAGGAUGACAGACAGCAAAACCAUCUCUGCUACACCCUCUGCUAUCACCUCCUCCACUUCUGAAGCUAGUAAUAAAACAACAGCCAAGUCCUCUGAAGAAGAACCUCCCCCAUUCCAGUACCCUACAGAUCUCCCAUGUUCUGACACCAUCAGCACUGAUCUGGGUUCAGGGACUCACGAUUCUUCUUCAGCUGCAGCCUGUGAUGAUGGGAAUACCUCCCCGCCAAAACAGGAGCCUGAGCAACAAAGAGAGGAUCUUCACAGUUCCACAGAGCCCAAGGCCUUACCUCCUGCGACAUCUGUGAGAUUCAGUCAAGUAGAAGGGAAAAGUCCCCCAGAGGAGCCAGAGGGGGACGGAGCAUGGAGCCUGGGAAAGCCGAUGGGCACGACUGUGGGUGCUGCUCCACCCGCAGACAGUCAACCCCUGAGAGGCCUGGAGGCAGAGAGCUUAGGGAGAAUCUUUGCCUUCAGUAACCAGCUUUCACAAGCGUUGAUGCGGUCUCCACACAUGUACCCCUGCCACUCCUCAAACCUGCAGGACCCCUCUACAGUGGAUUUUCCAAACCCACAGGAGUCUGAGCCCACCCCAGACGGCACUGACAGGGGAUUCUCUGUCAGCUUGGCAACACUGAGGGAAUGUACCAUUGAGCGAGGGGAAGGGGGAUCUCAUGACGAGGCAGCAGUCACCUCUGCAUCUGUUCAUUCUGUCAUCUCAGCCAUCCCUUCACAGGAAAUACAGAGAAUGAUCCAGGAAGUCAAACAUCUGGACGAAGAGACGCUGAAGCUGGUGAACAUCCAUGUUGUGAUUCUGCAUAAAGAGGAGGGAGCUGGACUGGGCUUCAGCAUCGCUGGAGGGUCUGACCUGGAGAACAAAGCUCCUACAGUCCACAAGGUGUUUCCCAGCGGCCUGGCGGCUCAGGAGGGCACCAUUCAGAAAGGAGAUUUGGUGCUGUCAAUAAACGGACAAACGCUGCGUGGCGUCACGCACGCUGAUGCCACCGCCGCUCUGCGUCAGGCGCGCAAUCUGAAGAUGAGUGUGGUGGUCAUCAGCAAGAGAGCAGAGGAGGACGGAAGAGAGGGAGGGGGCUGCAGGAGCGAAGAGCCCAACCCUGCAAUGGAGGAGCUGGGGGCUCCAGUGAGUGUGGAGCUGGAGAAAGGCGCUGGAGGAGUCGGAUUCACUUUGGAGGGAGGAAAAGGCUCAAUCCACGGAGACAGGCCUUUAGUCAUCAACAGGAUCUUUAAAGGUGGAGCAGCUGAGCAGAGUGGUCUGCAGCAUGGAGAUGCACUGCUGCAGGUCCAGGGGGUCAGUGUGCAGGACAUGACUCGCUUUGAGGCCUGGAACAUGAUCAAGGCUCUACCUGAAGGACCCAUCACAGCAGUCAUCAGGCGGAGGCAGGGGGGCGUAGAGUGAUAGACACAGCUGCACAUGGAGGGGCCACAGGAAAAAAAAGAAAUCAAACAGUGGCACUUUGGGCACACUGACGUUGGCAUCAUCUCACAGAAAUCAGGUAUCAGCCAGUCAGUGUCGCCCACCUUAGACUCAGUGGUUCAGAGGACAAUUUCUAGUAUUUUUAUACUACAUUUCUGAUUAGCUGUGAAAGCUUAUUGAAGGGUCAGUUCACACAGAUUCCCCACAAAGUGAUCCAGUGGCCUCAUUGUGCAAACUAGUAACUAAUUACUUUUAUUUCUCUGUAGAACACCUGCAGCAUCCAGAGUUGAGGGAACAGGUGAAGGCUCCUUUGGCCUCAUUGGAAAGCUGUUCUUUGCUGAUGUUCACUAUCUCUAAAAUGAGGUGCUGAAUGCAUUAUUCUCCUAACGUACAUAGUAGAUGUAGUAGUCCAAAGUAUGGCCAUCAGCAGUAAAACUUCCUUUGUUAGACACUAUAAAAAAGAAACUGGUAUCAGCAACUUUGGGCUAAAAAUAUUGGUCAGCCGUAAAAACUUGACAUUGGAGUAAGCAUAGUUAAAAAAAAGCAGUUUUAUCCUCUCCGUCCAUCAGAGCAAGAAACAGCAAGCCACAAAUCAACCAUGUGAGCCACUUAACAUUUCAUGAAA